AUCUGCUCCGAGCUUAGCGGGCUUCGUUCGAACAUGGCAGCGGUCAGGGAAGUGGUGCUCGACGAAUCCGUUCUCUUCACUGAGGACGCCCUCGGAAAUCCUUCCCUCUCUACAGCUUCGGCUUCCCUCCUCCGUCGGCUUCGCCACUCCAAUCUACGCGUGGGGAUUUGUUAUCACAAUGAUGCCACAUCUCAAAAGGCUACCUUUUUUAAAGAAAUUGCUGCAACAUAUGCUGUGGAUUCUAUCCCAAUAUGUGGAACAGAUGAAGAUUCAUUGAACAAAAUUUUACAAGCCUGGAAUGGUACCGGUUUGAGCUCUUUGUUCAUAACUUCCAGAAAGAUUGAGUUAUUAUUUUCAGAACUAAAAAACAUGGGUUGGAGAAUUGUUUUUGUAGGUGUUGAGAGCAACAUUGCUACAGGUGGUGGAUUUUUCAACAUUAGCAAGCUUGAAGCAGUGCCGAUAACUAUAUGCAGCCUGAAUAAAAUGGCAAUGCAUGAAAAGUUGGCUUUGGUGAUUGGCUAUGUUAUGAAGCCAUCUCGUGAAGAAGAUUUUUCCAAGAGAGGCGCAUUCCCAAUGUAUCCUACUCAUAAUGGGUUGUUGUUUGCUUCUCUAUCAUUUGAGCUGCCUUUAGCUCCCCAACUAAGAGAAGUUGAUGUGGUCCUCCAUAAAGCAACGGAUGAAAUCAUGAGCAUCGACACGUCUUUAGAUUUUUCCAGUGGCAUUCUAUUUUCUGAAGGGAUGAAUGAGCUUAAAAGGUCACUUCUUUAGAAGCCUGAUUGUUGUGUAAUUGAUCCGCUAAACAAUAUUUACCCCCUAUUGGAUCGACACAAAAUCCAGGAAAUUUUAUGCAAAUUGGAUGGAUUCAACGUCAAAGGUCACUGUAAACUCCGGGCACCUCAUUUUCUAAAGGUGGAUAAUUAUGAUUAUAGUAGCAUAAAGGAUCAGCUCCCUGAAGCUAAACUAUCAUUCCCGUUGAUUGUGAAACCUCGAGCUGCAUGUGGGGUAGCUGAUGCUCACAAUAUGGCUAUAGUAUUUAAAAUUGAAGAUUUUGAGAACCUUUCUGUUCCACUUCCAGCUAUUAUUCAGGAGUACAUCGACCACGGAUCAUCGCUCUUCAAGUUCUAUGUCUUGGGUGAGAGAAUUUUUCACUCUGUCAAGAAAUCAAUGCCGAAUGGCCUUCAUCUUUUAUCCAUGACAACAAAAUCAGGCUCUUCCCCUAUCAUCUUCAACAGCCUGAAAUCUCUCCCAGUUGAUCGCGAGGAUAACAUUUCCGCCGAUUUCGUGAAACAUAGCAAUCAUUCCAUCGACUUAGAAUUAGUCGGCCAUGCUGCAAAAUCUCUUAGAAAGUGGCUUGGCCUUACCAUCUUUGGAUUUGAUGUUGUUAUUCAAGAGGGCAGUGGAGAUCAUGUUAUUGUGGAUCUGAACUAUCUUCCAUCUUUCAAGGAGAUCCCUGAUAGUGAUGCCAUUCCUGCUUUCUGGGAUGCAAUCAAGAGUUCAUAUGAACAAUGGAGAGCAAGCAGAGCUCCAAAGUCUUGAGUCACAUCAACUCUUGUGGUUUGCUAAUAUUUCUUCAUUUUCUUUCUAUGUGUGAGAAUAUUUUAUUAUGUUACACUCUCAAUGAAAAAAAUUGGCAGAUUUAUUGAAUUGUGACAUGAUAUUUGUUAGCCAAUCCAAGUUUAAUGGUGCUCGGAUGCAUAUAUAUUGGAUUCGAGCGCUCAUCUCUUAAAAAACAACAUUAUUG